AUGGCGGCGCCUUCAAUACCGAACCUCCUCUCCUUGCGGGGAGGCGGCCGCGGCGGGAGAGGCGGCGGACGAGGCACCGGCAGCGCCAGCAUUGGCAGCAGGAGACACGGCCACGCCUCUGCCGACGCCGUCAUCCAGGACACCGACACCGACGCCGCCGUGUCGAGGCUAAGCGCCGUCGACCUGGGCUACCUCGAGGACCCCUACGCGAGGUUCUUCGUGUCCGGCCCGCCAACGAGGCGGCUGCCCAUCAUCAAUCGAGGCACAUACAUGCGCACCCAAGCCCUGGACCAGAUCGUCGCCACGUUCCUCGCCGAGACGCGCGGCCAGGGGCCCAGGCAGAUCAUAUCGCUAGGUGCCGGCACCGACACGAGACCGUUCCGCGCCCUCGAGUGGCCCAACACCGACGAUCUCAUAUACCACGAAACCGACUUCGCCGAAACAUGCAGGCGGAAGCUGCACAUUGUGCGCUCGGCUCCGGCUAUGGCGCGGCAGCUGGAGGACGUCGAGGCCGCCGAGGGCGGCUCCUGGAGCGCCCGCCCCGCGAAGGGCCCUAGCGAGUACCACUGCCACGCCGGCGACCUGCGCGACAUGCAUGAUCGCUUCGCCGCCGCCGGGGGCAUGCCCGCAUCGAUGCGUACGGACGUGCCGACGCUCGUGCUGUCCGAGUGCUGCCUCUGCUACCUCACGCAGCGCGACUCGGAGCGCGUGCUGGGCGUCUUUCGCGAACGCAUGCCGCGCCUGGCUGUCGUUAUAUACGAGCCCAUGCCGCUCGGCGACGCCUUCGGGCAGGUCAUGGUCUCGAACCUCCGCGCGCGCAGUAUCAGCAUGCCCAGCCUGGAACGCUACAGGGACGUCGCCGGCCAGGAGGGGCGGCUGCGCGACGCCGGGUUCGACGCCGUAGGGCACGCAACAAUUAAGGACGCCUGGGACCAGUGGGUCGGCGGUGACGAGCGGAGGAGGGUGGACGGGCUCGAGGGCCUCGACGAGGUGGAGGAGUGGCAGCUGCUGGCAGCGCACUACGUCGUGGUCUGGGGGACAAGGGGAGGCACCUGGCUUGCGGGGCUGGGACAGGGAACCUCACUAGGAAGAUGA